AUUAGUUUAUACACCGGUUGUAAAGAUCGAAGUAUGAAUAUAUUUGCAGAACGCAACACUGCAGUGUGAUUAUAAAUAUUACAUUGUGUAGGAAUGAUCUGCCGUCAUCGUUCCAUAAAUCAGAAGCGUCGAACAGGUUUGUUCUGUGGAAAGGAUCAGAUGUCCGUGUCCGGAGGGUUCAGCCUUACAGGUGCCGAAGUUUCAAAGGGAUAAAAAAGUCUAAUAAUUCACUGAAAUAAAAACGUUACGGUAUUUUUUUGGUCGUUUUUAUUUACAAUCCUUUUAACUUGAUAGUCUAUGUUCUGAUGACAGCGCAGUCUUUACGCACGGGGUGUAUGUUCAGUGGAUGACUGCGGAUCCACUGACAGACGUUUCGUGACGAUAUUCGGCUCUUCGCUGAGCGGUUCACAAAGAGACGUUUAGCUCUCCUCAGAUAUUGGCUCCCCUGGAUAAUCUGAAUUCCAAAGCAAAGCUCCGAGCUUCUGUGCUGCUCUGCUUGUUCAUACAUUCGACUUCGCUGCAACCAAUGAGAAAACUCUGCACGUAAAUAUCUCUACAUGCCACUUUGAACCUCCUAUUCCCAAGUGACCGACGACUGCUUUUCCCUUUGAGAAGUCCAAAUGUAAAAGGUGCAACAAUAACAAAAAAUGUACAUAUGAUGUUUGAAAUUCAAACGCGAUCCGCGUCGUUAUUAAAACAUAUUAAAAUUUUAAAAUUUAAAAAGUUGGUAUUCAUAACAUGAUUGAGCUUGAAGGAAUGUGAAUGCGUUUUAAUAGACUCUCCUAAAACAUAAUCGAAACAUGCAUUAACACAAGCGUUUAAAAAGUCCUUUCUUUAAAAUAGAAAUAGACAAUAUAAUGUAAACGUUAACGGCUGACAUAGACGUCUGUAAACAUUUGCAUUAAAACGGUCUCUGCCUUAACAAUUCAAUUAAUGCUGCAUUCAUCUUUAAAAAAACACAUGUGUUUUUCUUAAAUAUAGUGCAACUGAGCUAAUCUCACUGGAUGCCAAAUACAUGAAUUUCCUUAGCAGUUACGAGAAAUGGUUCUUAUUCAGAUUUCUUUCCAAAAGUAGUUUAAAAUCUCUUAGAAUCAAACUGAAACUUAACCAUUUAGCAUAGAAACCAUCCCCUUCAACACAUAAAUAUGGUAAUAAACAACAUAAGCUGACUAUGUGUUUUAUUGCAGAUGUUGGUAUAUAGGCCUAUAAUGUCAAAGUGCGGAUAACGAUUCUUACUGCGCUGUUGGUGAUUUAGGACGAAAUGGAUUAGUACGAGUGGUAUUUCCUUUCUUUCUCUCUCUCUCCUCUCUCUCUCUUUAGUUGCAAGUCCCAUUCUCUGGUCAAGUUCAGUGCGCUGUUCUCCGGACCGGACGGACGCUUCUUAUUGGUGGGCAGCGGCAGUUACAUCACACCGCUGGUGACGCGCACGUCUUCCUGUUUCCUUCAGCGGUGUCUUAAAGUGAAUCUUAGUGGCGGAGGAGCGCUCCAGCAUCCAGUGCUCUGCAUCCAGUGCGCCGCGGAGACCCACACGCGCAGUCUCUCUCUCGCUCUCUCUCUCUUCCUCGCUCUCUUGUACUCUCUAUAUGUCUCUCACUCUUUUAGUCACAGCAGAGGAGGGAGAGACCGCCGUGCAAGAGGCUCUUUUCAUCUUCUAUACUUUUCCUGUUUCGGUCCUUUCGCUCGCGCGGCUGACUUUACUCCAGCUCUCCCUUCUUUGAGAAAUUGUUCCAUCCCGGUAGCGAACAAUCCGCAGAGCUCUGCGUCAUUUCUCGUGUUUUUUCGCCGUCGGGGUUCAGGUUGUCCCCUCUUCGUCCAAAGGACGCUGUGUGGUCCGAGUGGCGCGAGCAGCCCGUGUUAUGUGAGGAUGAUGUGCGGACCGGCAGCCCGACCUUCCGCAUCAGAGCGGGGAGCCAGUUGAUUUUCAACUUUUCAAAGUACUCAGAGGAUUUGAUCCUUGAGGUUUGCGGGAUAUGGCCCAAUAGCAGCAGCCCGUGAUGCCGGACCAUGACAGCGACUCCCUCCUGAACAGACAGACCAAGCGAAGACGUGUGGACAUUGGUGUUAAGAGGACCGUGGGCAGCACAGCCUCCGCAGCAGCAGCAACCACAACAACAACCACUGAUAACAUUGCCCGCGCCAAAGCAGCCAUUUUCAGUGCCAUGAACUCUCUGAGCUCCCACUCUCACCACGGAUCAGACACCGACUCCAUGGAGUGCUCUGUAGUGCAGCCACAUGGUGGACCUGGCAUUGUGUCAGGCAGCGACAAUGAAUCCAAGUCCAAUGUACUCCGAAAGCUACUGAAGAGGGCCAACUCGUACGAGGACACUAUGAUGCCUUUCCCUGGCACCACUAUUAUCUCCCAGCUUCUUAAGAAUAACAUGGCUAAAAAUGGGGGAGGACCUGAGAGGAGAGAAAGAGGGGACAGGGGUGAUAGAGGGGAUGCCGGCUUCCCCGGAUCAGGGCUCUCCAAUGCAAGUUCAGAUGCUCCCCAGGAGGAUGCCUGCAGUAACUCCUCCCACGAUAGCACCCCUCAAGAGUGCUUGUCACCCUUUGGUCGUCCUGGCCUAGCCCCCUUUGAAAUGGAACGUCUCAACGAUGAACAUCUGCGUGCCAAGCGAGCCCGCGUAGAGAACAUUAUACGUGGCAUGAGCCACUCGCCCAGUGUGGUGGUACCUGCCGCUUCCCGUCACGAGCGUGACCACGAGAUGGAUCGACACCAUGAGAUGGAUCUCGACUGCCCACCCCCUCAGUCUCAGCAGCAGGCCCCCAGCAGCCCACGGGGAGGCGAGGUAUGCAGCAGUAGCAGCCGAGAGAACAAGCGUAAGCAGCGUCUGCCUCAGCAGCAGCAACAGAGCUUCACCCAGCUGGUGUGCCAGAGGAAGGAGCAGAAGCAGGAGGAGCGGCGGCAACUGAAGCUGCAGCUGGAGGACAUGCAGAAGCAGCUCCGUCAGCUGCAGGAGAAGUUCUUUCAGAUCUACGACUCGACCGACGACUCGGAACACAACGACCUCCACAAUGAGCUCAACAAUGACAUGGGGAACAUGUCCGAAGACAGCCCAGCCAGGUCCGACACCGGCGGCGAUGACCGGGGUGGAGAUGACUUGCGCUCUGACAAUGAGAUGUCUGACCUGGACCCAGGCCAUUUCCUGGACAGAGCGCGGGCCUUGCUUCAGGAGCAGGCCCUGCUCGCAGCCAGAGAGAAGCCCAGAAGAGAGGGGCUCAGCCGGAGCAAAGGACCGGGAGGUCCGGGCUCCUCCAUGCACGCUGAAGGCAAACAGCUGGCCGAAACACUGAAGCAGGAACUCAAUUCAGCCAUGACCCAGGUGGUGGACACAGUGGUUAAGGUGUUUGCCAAGCCUCCACGCCCUACACCCCAGCAAGCCUUCCCCUCACUUUCGAUACCUCCUGAAAGAUUUCCGACCACUGUCAACGGAGACAACCCCAACUUUCACACCGCCAACCAGAGGCUGCAGUGCUUCGGCAAUGUCAUCAUUCCCAAUCCACUAGACUCCUUCACCAGCAUGCCAGGGAUGCCAGGUCCCACCAGUGACCAAACUGAGGCAUUACCCUUAAUCGUGAGGAAGACACCGAGUGAGCACCACCACCACCACCACCACCAGUCCUCAGCUGUGGGUGCCCAUGGCGGGCACCACCACCCCAUCCUUCACCCCUCCUCCCUCUCUGCUUCCAUGGGCUUCAGCCCCCCAUCUUUUAGACACCCUUUUCCACUGCCUCUCAUGGGCUACCCUUUCCAGAGUCCCCUCGGCGGGCCCACGGGUGGCUACCCAGGCAGAGACCGCUCCUCCCCAGACUCCAUGGACCUGUCCCGGGAGACCACCAGCCUGAGGACCAAGAUGGCAUCGGCUCACCAUCUGGGGCACCACCAUCGCUCGUGUUCACCAGCGCACCCUGGUAGCACAGCCGAGCUCUCCCUGUCCCUCAUCAAGUCUGAGUGCAGUGACCUCCAGGACAUGGCUGACAUCUCACCUUACUCAGGCAGCAACAUCCAAGAGGGUCUCUCUCCCAAUCAUCUGAAGAAGGCCAAGCUCAUGUUUUUCUACAGCCGCUACCCAAGCUCUAAUAUGCUCAAGAUGUUCUUCUCGGAUGUCAAGCGCCAAGCUUCAGUUUUUGGGCCAGUCAUGUGCUGUGGAGUAGCAGAGUUCAAUCGCUGCAUCACCUCCCAGCUGAUCAAGUGGUUCAGCAACUUCAGGGAGUUCUACUACAUCCAGAUGGAGAAGUUCGCCCGGCAGUCCAUCAACGACGGAAUCACUGGAGUCGAGGAGAUGGGCGUCAGCCGCGACAGCGAGCUGUUCCGAGCCCUCAACAUGCACUACAACAAGGCCAACGACUUUGAGGUCCCUGAACGCUUCCUGGAGGUGGCCGAGAUUACACUGAGGGAGUUCUUCAACGCCAUCCUGGCCGGCAAAGACGUGGACCCAUCCUGGAAGAAGGCCAUCUACAAGGUCAUCUGCAAACUGGACAGCGAGGUCCCCGAGAUCUUCAAGUCCCCCAAUUGUCUCCAAGAGCUUCUACACGAGUAAAUUUCCCCUCCUCCUCCUCCUCCUCCUUCUCACACAAUGCUUUGGCUUCUAUUUUCUUUGAUUUUAUAGAAUUUCAAAAUAAUCUCUUUUGUUGCUUUUUUCUCUCUCAACUUUUCCUUUGAUUUCCUGUUUAAAAUUUUUUUUUAAAAUAAAUUAUUUGUGAAUGUAUGAAAGUUCUGAAGUAGCAUUCCCAAUCUGCAGCAGUUCCUAAACGACCUAGCUAUUGUCUUGUUGUUCUUCUAUGAUAAUUCUCAUGAUGGUUUUUAUUUGUUUUGUUUUUGUAUGAUUCUGAACUGAAGAGACUCUAAUCUUAUUGGCUGCUUUUUUUGGCCCGUGUGAAAUCCUCCGUUUGGCUUGUUUUAUGAUCAACACUAACAAAGUCCUCCGUGUGUGGAAGGAGUUCCUGAGUUCCCAUUCACACCACGCAGAACAGAGCUGGGUUACCUAAAGACUUUUGAUUGGCACCCAGGGGUGUCCCUCCAAUCCAGUGGGUGUGCUAAUGAACUGUCCCUGCAAAGCGGGUGCCCAAUAGACUGUGCUACUGAAGAUGUCCCCAACCUGGCAGUCACACACACACACACACACACACACACACAAAGCCGAGUGAGGUGAUUGACUGGACUAAGACUGGACUGGUCUGUGGGACUUGAACUGGUUUCAAAUGGCUACUGAGCUCCACCUUGUUUUGAAGUGUGUUUUCCCUGCAGAUAGGGCAUUGUGUUUAUUGGGUGUACAUUAUUAUUUAGAUUAUUAUUAUUAUUGUUGUUUAUGAUUAUUAAUAUUAUUAUUUGUCAUCACUGCUUGCUGAAGAUUGGCACUUUGAGAUUUGUUUGUCCUUUGAUGCUGUUGCAGAAAAAAAUAAAUUAUUGCUAUUAAUAUUAUUCCAAGAGUUUAGAAUCUGAAAUAUGUUGCACCCCCCUCACAAAGCCCCCCCCCCCUCCACCACCACCCCCACCCUUUCCACCUUCCCUCUCCUUACUCUUGUUAUUAUUUGUCCAUCUCUGAAGUGGACUUUUGGUUUGUUUAUUUUGUUUUUGUGGUGGUUUGAGGCAACUCGCCUGGAAAGUGUUUAUUUGGAAUUUUAAUGGAGGGCCGUCAUCCGAGUGGGCUCGACUAUGCGCCUGUAGUGACCAGCCUCUCCUGCACAGGACCAGUCUGGCAGCGAUGCUGGAGAAGAAGUGAGGCGGCAGACACCCAUAAAUAAACAUGUCGAAUAAUAGAAAUAUCCAGAAGAUGGGAGGCCCUUUGGUGCGUGACCUGCUGUUAUUAUAUGGCUAAAUUUCCAUAGCCACUCCAGCUUUGAUAACUUAAACUGCUCCCACUAAAUGAGCCUUUUUUCCAGCUUUUAAAUGAAUCGUAAUUCUCUAAUCACCUGUUCCAGAUUGGUGAACACACACGAUUAUAACUGCAUCGUUUUUUUCUCUUUUUACCGCACUGUCAUGUAUAAAAUGAAGUCAGCCUGUUUAUAUGAAUUAUUUGAUGACUUUUAUUGUGAUCAGCCUUUACGAGCUGUGAAUGGCAUUAUAAAGUUAUUUCAAAAACAGUUGAUACUUGAAUAUAUCAGAAUGCUGUCUGAAGUACAGUGUCGCUGAAACAAUAGAUCAUUGAAAACAAAGACAAAUAGAAGCAUUACUGGGAGGAAGACUAUCAAAGAAGGGCAGAGAGAGGUGAAUAGAAGAUGAGACACAGUUCUUUAAUUCGGCUUCAAGUGGAACUUCGCCCACAAACAACCCACACACACACACACACACACACACUGCUGCUGCUGCUUCUCUCCGUGUUCACCUGCCUUUGAGUGAUCUAGCUCCUCUCAAUGCAACAAUACAAGGUUGGAGGUGAGCACUCACCCCAGGGGUAGAUGGAGAAGCUCUCAGCGGCACAAAGAGUGGGGACAAAGGCCCAGAGUGAGGAGCAACACGCACCUGAAACCCUCCGCUCGGUCCCUGCGUCCCAAACUGGCAGCUUUUCCAGACCCAAAGUGGGAUUCUGCUGAAGCCACAUGUGCCCCGUUAGUUAAGCAUCAUUCCUCUCACUUCUACCUGAGAUUCUGAUCCCAGAUGUUUCACUCGCACAUCACUUUCAUGUGUUGUAUUAGUUAUAUCCACCCUCUCAGGCUUUUUUAAGCGGUUAGUGUAAGCUGCCCUUUUGAUGAGGUAAGUUUGAGACAAUGAGAGGACUUUAAUGCUUUCUAGAGUGCGUGCAAGCUAGCGGUUGAUCUCACCUUGGCGACAUUAUCUUAUGGUGUGUGUGUGUGUGUGUGUGUGUGUGAGUGGGAGUGUGUGUGUGUGUCACAAAAGAUCAAAAGGGGCAGGUUGCUUAACCUGCUGACUUGCCUAAGCGAGACAAAGCACCUGACAAAAGGAGGCAGAGAAAGACAGAGAGCUACUCCCUUCAUUAUGUCCCCCUUCUCCUCCUCCUCCUCCCCGAACAGUGUUCUUAAGAUCCAGGAGUCCUGAGAGAGUGAGCCGGACACAUUUCUCACUGAAGGAUGGGCUCGGCCCUGUAGUCUCAGUCUCAAAGCACCAGCCGAGGGCUCUAAAGCACCACAAACAAAGGAGAAAGGAAAGGACACUUUUAUCUGAUGCACAGAUUAUUACCGCUUCCCAUCCUCCCCUCUUUCCUGCAACCCCGCCCUAAACGUAGAGUUCCUGCGCCUAAAAAGAUUAAUUCAGGAUAAUGAAGACUUAUGUGCAAAAAAGGAUUAUGAAGACCGUAAUACCGCAUUGAAAAUAUUUUUCAGGUUUUUCUUCUCGUUUGAUUUUAAGGAUGACAUUAUUGAAAUACAUAUAUAGCCUUUUUUUAAGAAUUGUAAAAGAAUAAAUCUAUGAGGAAAAAAAUAUAUACAAGAAGUGGAAGUAACUUGGAAGCACAGUUGUUGAAUUGUUUCAUCAAAUAAAUCUUGAGGGUAUUUUUAGUGAUGGCUUUGUUUAAAUAUGUAUUCUGAAUAAGUGAGUUGUUGGUAGAUUAGGAGCAAUAGCUGUUUUUUAUUUGCAGGUUUUGUGACCAGUUUUCCUUUUGGUUUCUUUACCUCUUUUUUUAUUAUUGUGCUGAAAGGCCGUCUACUCAAAAUCAGAAAACUAAACGUGGAAUCGUUUCAGAGUAUGAAUUAUUGUUGUCGCUGCUGUAUAUAUCAGGAUGGAACAAAGAAUAGCUGUACAGUUUUUUAUAUUAUCACUCAGCGUGCUAAAGGAGGGUGAGAGUGGUUUAAAAAAAGAAAGGUGAAAGAAAAGAGCGAUGACCCACUCUCCCCAACCGGACUCAUAACCACUCUUCCAAAAAAAAACACAGAGGAGAGGGUUUUCUUGCCCCCCCCCCCCCCUGCCAUGCCUUUAACGGGGGCCUGUUUCCCGUCGGCAGUGCCCUUGAAGUUGCACCAGCAUCCGUUUCUUUAAUUUCCGGUGACAGAACGAUGCAGUAGACUAGCGGUCGGGUAAUGAUGAUGUCACAGAGUAGGGGCCCGUUGGUGGGACCCGGUCUCGUCCAGAAACCAGGGCAGACUGCCACCAGCGUCGCUCUAGAUUUGACCCGGGAGGGAAAGACAGGAACUCAUUGUCACCAGAAGACCAGUGUCAUGGAGGGGGCACAUGUUGUACAGUACCAGUUUAAAAAGAGAUGCGAUUUAUACCCUUUUUUACCGGGUCCAAACAGUUGGGAAACGUUUGGACUUUUGUGGAAUUUCUGUACACUUUGCAUCGUGUGUGUGUGUGUGUGUGUGUGUGUAGAUGUAUAUGAGUGUGUGUCUGUGUGGAAGAAAAGACCGAUUAUGAGAACCUGUGAACCAGUGAGUGACACAAUUCUCAACACUGUGGCCCCUCCCCCACCCAUGGGAUUACCAUCCUGACAUGUAAAUGAUUCUCAUUAAGCGUUGGCAACGUGUGUGUGGUGUGUGCGUGUGUGUACGUGUGUGUGUGUGUGUGUUGCGACAAUUUCCUCUGAUCUGUUUUCUGACCUGUUUGAAAGGGUUAUUUGUUUCUCGAUGCUUUCAGAAGUAAUUCUUUUUUAUUAUUACAUUGCUCCUCUUUUUUUGUAAAUAUCAAUGAUGUGGACUUACAGUGAUAAAUACUGCCUUUGUGUAACUUAGCAAUAUGUUCUGUAAAUAGUGUUUUGUUGAUGCUUUUUGUAUGACAUUAUUAUUCAAUUAUAGUGCAGUAAUUGGAACAGCCAUGUUUCAAUUACAGUCUGAAUAGUUACACACGGGUUGUAAAAUAAAACUCACGACAUGGCUGUCUUUUCUGUUAUUGGUGUCUAUUUGUCUUGCAGAUUUUGUGUAAUUUAUUGGUUUAAUUUAUCCUAAUUUAUUUGAUGUUUUUAUUUUGUUUUUCAAACAGGGAAGGCUGUACUGCAUUUCUUUAAGUAGAACCAAUUUUAAAGAUUUUAAUCCUUAUCUACCUAAAAUUGAUCUAGAGAAUGUGUAUACUAGCGCGCUCAUUCAAUUGAGAUAAAUGAUAAAAACGGAAAUCUUGGCAGCUAAACGGAACUGGACAGUUUUGAAGAAGAAAAAGAGGUUGUUUUGUUUAGUUCCGGCCCGAGGGUGAGCUCUAAGCUCACACUAGUUUGAAGCAGUUUUGUAUUUUCUCUUGCGAUUUCUUCCCCUGUUUUGCUUUGGCCCAGCCCAAAAACAACCAGUAGUCAAAUUGCCUUUCGUGCCUUCGCCCUCUAUGAACUGAAUGUAUGUGCAGUAUAUAUGCAAGCUUGUGCAAAAUGAAUAAAAAAUGGAAAUAAAAAUGAAAAAAUUUCCAAAAACAUC